UGCUUCAACGAAAUAAAUUCCGAGACAAAGAACGGGUUGAGAUGAUGUGCAGACGUGACCUUGAGGUAGUUCUUUGGCCUGUACUUGCGCAAGGCAUCGGUAGCAUCCCUGUUCCCAAUAAAGAUCGGGAAACCCCAGGGCAUCUCUGUCUCAUAUUUUUUAUCGGUGCUACCAUCGGAGAAGGGAGGCUGUAUGAAGUAUGUGGCGAAGUUACCCGCCUUGACGGAAGAGGGCCUCUGCGCACAGCUUUUGUUUGCGUCUUCCCAAAAGCAACGUAGAAUGUGAUAAAAAGUUGCAAAUUCUCACUCGUUACGAAGCAUCAAUGUUGAAUAACGACACAUCAUGAGGCUUGACCUAGUUAGGCCCUGUUAUCGGAAGUACUAGGUGAUUUAGUCAGCCGCGGACGCUUGCUUUCUCGCUCGUCCGCGUCCUCGCGUUGUGUCUG